AUGUUUGGCUGCCUGGUGGCUGGGAGGCUGGUGCAAACAAUUGCACAGCAAGUGGCAGAGGAUAAAUUUGUAUUUGACUUACCUUAUUAUCAAAGUAUCAACCAUGUCAUGGUGUUUAUGCUGGGAACAGUCCCAUUUCCUGAUGGCAUGGGAGGAUCUGUCUACAUUUCAUAUCCUGAUUCAAGUGGAAUGCCAGUAUGGCAGCUCUUGGGGUUUGUCAAGAAUGGGAAAGCAAGUGCCAUCUUCAAAAUUUCAGGUCUUAAAUCUGGGGAAGGCAGUCAGCAUCCUUUUGGAGCCAUGAAUAUUACCCGUACUCCAACUGUUGCACAGAUUGGCAUUUCAGUGGAAUUACUAGAUAAUCUGGCCCAGCUGACUCCUGUGGGCAGUGCUGCUGUGUCAUCAGUUGAUUCAUUCACUCAGUUUACUCAGAAGAUGUUGGACAACUUCAACAAUUUUACUUCAGCAUUUGCUGUAUCUCAGGCCCAGAUGACACCAAAUCCAUCUGAAGUUAUCAUUCCAGCAAAUGUGGUUCUGAAAUGGUAUGAAAACUUUCAAAGGCGACUAACCCAGAACCCUCUUUUUUGGAAAACACGAUUUAAAUAAAAUAAUUUUUAAAGG